UGCUCGGCGUUAUCGGCAUCGUCACCGUUACCGCCACCAUCGUCGACGACGACGACGACGACGGUAGUGCGCGUCAGUACGCGGCCGUGCAGUGCUGCCGUAUCGGUCGUUCCGACGCCGUCGCCGUCGGUCGAUAGAGGCACGCCGGCGAAGGUGCGACGUACGUCAACUUCGAUGAAUCGCUCGCCCGUAUUUUAUAAUGCGGCGCGCCCGUUAUCAUCGUCGCGCUUCCUGUCCCUCCACCACGUCGUCGUCCACGGGUCGCCGCGGCCGCGCGUCGACCAGACCUCGCUCUCACCGCCGGGUGACUCUGUAAAGACUUGAGAGCGUCGCGGUAUUCGCGAGCGGCGCGCAAGACGAGCAGCGUCGCGCGACGAGCGACGAGCGACGCACUCGUUAACGUCCCCGUCAUCGCCGCGUUAAGGGACGCGUCGUGCGAUCAGUAAAAUCGAAUCGCACGAAGCCGGAAGUCAUUCCCCUGUGCGGUUGCAUUAUAGGUUUUCUAUUUGCAUGGGCUGAGCCACAGACGGGUAAGAGAGAGAGAGAAAGCGAGAGCAGUCCAAUUCCCUACUCCGAAUCGGAAAGCAGCUUCUAUCCUGGGAUACGAUCGCAGCUGUGUUUUCAUUCGAUCCCCGUACCGAGGGCGAGCAUUCCUAACGGAAAGAUAUUCCGGCAGCAUCUCUCGAUACAGCUUCACGCGAGGGACAUGGGCCUCCAGCAGCUGCUGUCAUUGUAGCGCUCCACGUCUCGACGCCGAAGCGGUAUGAGUCACACUUAAUUAUUGGUUUGACGUUUUAGAAAUUUAUUGCCGCGACACUUGUUAUCCCUCAUUUCGGAUCAUAGUAGCUGGAUUAUUCCGGACUUGGAACCGGUGGAACCGGGUCCAUCCAGUUCUCACGCCGAGCCGAUUGGCGUCCACGUUGAAACAAUUUGCCUUUGUUUUCCUUGAGGAUGUUACAUUUGUACGAUGUCAUUACGAAGUUGAACAUCGAAGCUGCUUUAGCUCUCGAAUACGCGAAACCGCAAGAAGAAAAUAACAGAAUUAUCAUCGAGAAAAAAAUGUUCGUAUAAACAGGUUGCGCAAGAGAGGAAUUUUCCUGACAGGAGAAGGCUUCUGAAAACGCUCCAUCAUCGUAGAUCGGUGUAUGCUGUUGUACGUGACCCGUAGGACGAUCACGUUAUAGAGACGCGACGGUGUGUGAUUGCACUCGGAGGGUAGCACGUCAUCGAAUAAACCGCCCCUAUCGCUGCUACACAAGGAUCAGGGGAAUCAAUCGCGGGGAGCCCCGCAGCACGUGCGAGCGUGCUCGUCGUCGUGGCGGUUCUCUUCUGAUGGUACAACGAGUAAAAGUAGUGACUCACCGGCGACGGACGAGCGCGGACGACGGCGCGGAUCGUCCACGACAGAAGCAUCGUCGUCGUCGUCGUCGUCGCGCCGCGUCGAGUGCACCAUGGGUCGCCUCGCUCCGAUGAUCAUCCCCGCGCUCCUCCUUGUGGUCCUGUGCUGUCCGGGAUGCGGCCGCGCCAAUUUCGCGCUUUUCCGCGACCUGAGAUCCGCGGAGCGGAUCCCGGAAGAGAAACAUCCCGAGUCGCACGGACCGCAGAUCGACGCCGGCGACCUCCACGACGAUCUGUACGGCGCUUACCCGGGUCUGGGCUUCGGGCCUAUGGGCCCGGUGAUCCGCGCGGCCCUCCCGAACGACGCCACCCUGCGCAGCCUCUCGUCGGCGAGCAGCGACGAUGCCGGACAACGGAACAUCCCUAAGGAAUUGCAGCUCGCCUCGGCGCGCUCCGGCGAUGACGCCGCGGUCGGCGACUCCUCGAGCGGCAACGAACAUUCGCCGAAACCGGAAUAUCGCAUCGUCAGCGUCGAGUUCACGCGCGUCGAAACGCCCUUUCUCAUCGGGAUUUGGAUCUUCUUCGCCAGCAUCGCGAAAAUCGGUUUCCACAUGGCGCCGAAGCUCAACAAGAUCUUCCCGGAGUCUUGCUUGUUGAUCGUCGUCGGCGUGAUCGUCGGCCUGCUGCUGUUCCAGGCGAGCAGCGUUCACAUUUCGCCGCUGACGCCCGACACGUUCUUCUUAUACAUGCUGCCGCCCAUCAUCCUGGAUGCUGGCUACUUCAUGCCCAAUCGGCUGUUCUUCGACCAUCUCGGGACGAUACUCCUGUUCGCUGUCGUUGGAACUAUAUUUAAUACGAUGUCGAUAGGUGCUUCAUUAUGGCUGUUGGGGAAAAGCGGUAUAUUCGGUUGCGAGACGCCUAUCCUCGAUAUGUUCCUAUUCUCGGCGUUGAUCAGUGCUGUCGAUCCCGUGGCCGUGCUGGCCGUCUUCGAGGAAAUACAUGUGAACGAGAUACUCUACAUCGUCGUGUUCGGAGAGAGUUUAUUGAACGACGCGGUCACUGUCGUGCUCUAUCACAUGUUCGAGACGUACAGCGAGAUGGGCCCUUCUAGGAUCAUUUACACGGACGUGCUGUCGGGCCUAGCUUCGUUUUUGGUGGUGGCGAUCGGUGGCACGGUCAUAGGUAUAGUUUGGGGUUUCGCUACUGGCUUCGUGACCAGGUUUACACAUCAGGUGCGCGUGAUCGAGCCGAUAUUCAUCUUCGUGAUGGCGUACUUGGCAUACCUCAGCGCAGAGAUCUUCCACUUGUCCGGCAUAUUGGCAAUAACCUUCUGUGGUAUUACGAUGAAGAAUUACGUUGAGGCCAAUAUAUCGCACAAGUCUCACACGACCGUCAAGUACACAAUGAAGAUGCUGUCAAGUAGUUCGGAGACUAUUAUAUUCAUGUUUCUCGGCGUCGCCACGGUGAACAAUGCUCACAACUGGAACACGUGGUUCGUUGUCACGACGAUAGUCUUCUGCUCCGUCUAUCGAGCCGUGGGCGUGAUAGUGCUGACAGCGCUGGCGAAUCAGUUCCGGCUGCACAAAUUGGACAAGGUGGAGAAAUUCGUCAUGUCCUACGGCGGUUUACGCGGCGCCGUAGCAUUCGCCCUGGUGCUUCUUAUAGAUCCAAGACACGUGCCUCUGCAGCCUAUGUUCGUCACUACCACUAUCGCUGUUAUCUACUUUACCGUGUUCAUCCAGGGGAUCACCAUCAAACCUCUUGUCAAAAUCCUCAAUGUCAAAAGGGCGGAGAAGAGAAAGCCGACGAUGAACGAGAGGAUCCACGAGAGGAUAAUGGAUCAUACGAUGGCGGGUAUCGAGGACAUUUUGGGAAAACACGGCAACUACCACGUCCGGGAUAAAUUCAAGCGAUUCGACAAUAAAUUCAUCCGACCUUAUCUCGUGAAAGAUCAUUGCGGCGCCGAGCCGAAGAUUCUGGAAACUUACUCGAAGCUGGCGAUGAAGGAUGCGUUAGAUUACAUAAGAAGAAAUGCCUCCACUAUCGGCAACAUUAGCGGCACCGAAAGUAUGUCGGCGAUAUUCCGUAAUUACAGCAAUACCGGACAAUUCAAUGGAAGUCCCAGCUGCAGUCAGCUCGAAACGGGAUGGAAUAUCGAUCUGCAGGAACUGGAGUACAAUCCUUCCAAAAAAGACCUAACGGACGCGAGAAUCCACCAUCUGCUCGCCGAAGAGCUUUGUAAACCAUACAAAAGGCAUCGACGUUUGAGCUACAGUCGACACGCAGUGAAUGAUCGCGAUCUCUCGACACAAGUCAAUUACAAAAUGCACAUGAAUAUUCGACGGAUGAUGGGGGAGCACAAGCAUCGCCACAAACGCAGCAAAAAGUUACUUAAAGAUGGCAAACAGAAUCACGUUAGUUUCCCAGAAUUUCAACAGCAGAACGGCUCGACAAAGCUAUUUACGCAAGAUUACAUCAAUGGCGUGCUGUAUGAGUUAGAAAACGGAGAAACCUCGAAGCCCUCCAGCAAAGAGGAUUGGGAUUCAGCGAUCACGUUCACCGCGCGAACGUCCGGUGCGGAAGGCUACAGAGUAACCACCCCUACGGCUACGGAAACUAUGUUACCGUGGAAACGUGAAGACGAUUACGAAUCGGGUCAUCCGAUCAAGCAGCACGAAUUUCCAGCCUGGUGCUCCAAUAAAGAAUAUCUCGCCUACAGUUCGCCCUCCGCCACUUUCUUAGGUGGGAUCGAACAGCCGAAAGUCCAAUCCGUGAUUGGCCUAUUUCGACGCGAGAGCGUGUGCACGCCCGACAGUAUCGAUUGCCAGGAGACCGUCGACGAGGUGGACGAAACGGACGAGUACACCCCCGCGGAAAUGGAUUCCCCCGCGAAAACCAAGGGCAACCCGAGGAGGGUGCCCGCGAGGAGGGUGUCAAUGAUGGAGCUCGGCUUCGCCGACCGAGCUCGCUCGGUGGACAAAGCGGCGGACGACGGAUCUCACUCCUUGCCGGACUGCUGGAAUGUCCAGAGAGUACGCCUUAACUCCCUCGCCUGUUCGCCCGCUCAGAUGCCGACCCUAUCGACCGCUCUGAUCGCCUCCUCCACGUCGGAAUCGUCGGAGGAUGUGGAGGACGACGAGGAUGAGAGGGCUUGACCCUUGGGGACCGUCGCUGAGGAGCGACCGUCCUCCUUCGCGGACGUCGAGCGUCGACGUCGUCGGCCCUUCCGACGACCACCGCGACACUCGUUGCUCACUUCGCUCCUGCGACGACCGAGUGCCCCCGUUUGAGAAGAUCUGCCCUUGACAAGCCGCCUUCUGCAGGGGGCAUCUCGCGAACCUGAAUCUCGGCCUGAAUUUUGUUAAUGCGCCCCACAAAUACGCGAAACAAGACGUUGCGAUGAAUAGAUUCCGGGAAAAAUGACUGUGCAAAGAGAGACUGUAAAAAAUGCAUCGAAGUUUUCGAUUGAAUUUUGUACGAGGAGAAAUAUUUAAGAGGAAAGGAGUGAAAAUUUCACGUUAAUUAGAAGGUUACACGAGAAGAGAAAAGAGAAGAAAAGAUAUUCUUUUAAAAAGUUAACGAUGACAAGUUUCUCCGCGAUGAUAACGCGAAAAAGUGAUGAAUCUCUUUGGAAUGAACGAUCUUCUAUUCAAGUUCGGCAUUCGGUACAGCUCGCCAAUUCGGAAGGAACACGUAUACGAGAUUGAAAUUUGAUGAAUCACUGUUAUUUUUUUCAUCGCAUCAACGCAUUCGCGAGAACGAAGGCGCUUGUCAAGAGCAAGGGCUUCUUUCUAAAUCCGUCUCUAAGACGUCUUGGAAUUGUGGCCUUAUAAGGACUAUAAAAGUGCUUGGACGCCGACGACUUGUACGCUACCGUCGUUGUCGUCAUUGUCGGCGCAAAAUUGUCGGUACUAUCGAUAAAAGUGUGUUUGUGUUGUAAGAAUUGUUGCGUGGCGCCGUUAAAUGCGCCGCCAGCUUGUCCCAAGAUUUACCACGAGUACCUUCUCUCGGGGGUGGAUUAGACGAUAAUCAUCGCGAUUGUGUACUUCGCGAUUAGCUUACGGUCAGACUAAUCGACUUAGUAGAAAAUUACGUAUAAAGUCGGAUUAAACAUUUAAGUCGCUGCCACAAUUUACUAUAAAUUCUGAACAUAAUUCUGCCAGUAGGAUAAUGAGAAAAACUUGCGCCAUAAUGUCACUCUCUUCUAGUAAAAAUAUCUAAUUUUCAAUAAAAUAAAUGAUUCACAUUACCUCCGAGCUAUUUUAUGAUAUCAUUUUCUAUAGAAAAAAUUUAACUUUUAUCUCCACGUCGCUUGAUAGGAAAUAUUUUUAUUCUUCCUAACAAGAUUUUGCAAAACUCUCAUUUCACAUCAAACUUACACUCAUCAAACUGUCAAUUAUAGAUAUACUAUGACUCAUCUCUGCCAUAAGCUUUUGAAAAUAAUGAAAGGCGAUUCGAAUGAUUGAGAAUUAGACGUUCAUUAAUCAUUCGAUCAAAUCUACACUUUGUUCGUUAAGUCGAUAGUCUGGCCGCAGCUUCGCAAACAAUGAUAGUCCAACAUUAGGUGCGUUAUAUCGAUAGUAGUUCCGUUAUCGUGAUUCUGACGCAUGUACGCACGUAUGCAUGCAACACAGCACGUCACGGUAUACGUAGAUGACAUUCUAUAGUGACGCAUCCCCAGCUGAAUUUAGGAGAAUUAAUUCCUUUCAAACGAACGGUUACACGACGUUCAGUCGAUGGUACAACUACCAAUUGCGUAGAACCAGAUGAGAGAGAUGCGUACAGGCGCGCCGCUCUCCCUUCGAGUAUGGCCUUAAAGAAACCUUUCCAACAAGCGGAUACUCGUGAGUAACACGGUGCCUGGUGUAUAAUACACUGUUAUAAUACAAUGUUAAUAUCGCGCGGCCACGGCACCGCUUGGUCAAUAUUUAGCGAAAAGCCACCAGAAGCAUGUACAUACGGUUUUUCUUAGAGAAGAUACGCUAGAAAAUUGUCGACAUCCUCAUCGUUGUCAUCCUCAGCAACAUCCUCAUCCUCAUUAUUUUUGUUAUCGUUUAGUAUUAUUUCGUCGGUGGAGAAAGAAAGAAGAGAGAGAUAAAGGAGGCGAUCGCUAGACCAUUCGGUAUUCUAGUUAUUAUUGUUACACUUGUUACUAUCGCUAGUAUGUGAUUAUACUAGUUCUACUACUAAUAAUUAAUAAUACAAUUAUAGCCAUCGCUCGGCGUGAGCGGAAAAGCGUCGAGUUCUUGCUAGUUUCGAGGGGAACUUGGUCAACAGAAUCUUUUGAUAGUUAUUGGAGACUUAUUUUGAUUAUCAAAAUACGAAUCGAGAAUAGAGAAUAAAGUUAAGAAGUGGGAUCGUAGAACCUUGUCAUCAACCGUCCCAAACAUUUCUAUUGUAGGUAUAUUACAGAAAUUGCUAUCUUCCUUAGGCUUGUUCUUUUUAACCAAACAUCUUGCACUAUUUAUCUUUCCUCCUUUUCUCUACAUUGAAGAGAAAAAAAAAGAUGAAUCAUGCCAAAAGUUUAGCUAACAAGAACCUCUUGUAUUUAUUUUCGCAUCACUCAUAACAAUUAAUACCAAUUUUAUUCUUGCCAUAAUUAGCUUAGACUUUCAAUAAGCUUUUGAUCUUUAACUUUUAACAAUUACCUCAUGGCUCUUUGGGACCCUGUGAUUUUUAUACUUCCUUAUAAAUGCAUCAUAAACGAAUCAGUACUUAAUUUAGCGUACGCGAUCUCUGAUACCGAACCACUUUUGUAUCUACGUAAGGGUGACAGGGUAUAAGUUCGCUUUGUAAAAAAAAAAAA